GCUCCCGGGUCCUGCGCUCCGGCCGCCGCGCCUCCCCUCGGCCUGGUGCCCGGUGGGGGGCAGCCUUUCCCGGGCCCCCGCCCUUCGGGGCCCUCGGGACGCCCGCACCCCGCGCUGUGCGAGCACCGUCCCUGGCGGUCGCGCCCCGCACCGCCCUGCGCUCCCGGCCGCGUCCGGGGGACGGGGGUCCGCGCCCCGCCGCGCCCCCGCCUCGGGGCCUCCGCCCGGCCCGGAGCUCCGGCGUCACACCCACGGCCGCGCAGGCCCCGCCCCCCGGCCUCGGGCAGCGCAUGCGCGCGGCGCGGCGCUCCGCGGGCGGCGAGAGCGAGGCCGGUCCGCAGCCGCGCGGCGCUCGGCGCCCCAUUCAUGCUGGGCAGCGGCGGCGCGGCCACGCAGCGGAGCCCGGGCGCGGCGGCGGCCUCGGCCUGGGCGGCCUGCGCGGCUUCGGCGGCCCCGCGGCGGGGCGGGCGGCGGCGGCGGCGGCGCGGGCGGCGGGGCGCGGCGAUGGCCGGCGGCGGGGCGCGCCCCGGGGCAGCCCGCCUGAGGCUCCCGGCCCCGUGAUUCCUGCGUCUGCAGGACCCAAGCGCCCCGGCCCGAGGCCCCGGCCCGCCAUGUCACUGCCGCGAGUGAGCCUGCGGGUCCUCCCGCCGCUGCCACCGCCGCUGCCCCUGCUGCUGCUGCUGCUGCUGCUGGGGGGCGCGCGGGCCGCAGCGGGGGCCCCCAGGGCUGGCGGGGGGCCGCAGCCCGCCUUCCGCACCUUCUCGGCCAGCGACUGGGGCCUCACGCACCUGGUGGUCCACGAGCAGACUGGCGAGGUGUACGUGGGCGCUGUGAACCGCAUCUACAAGCUCUCGGGGAACCUGACGCUGCUGCGGGCGCACGUGACGGGGCCCGUGGAGGACAACGAGAAGUGCUACCCGCCCCCCAGCGUGCAGUCGUGCCCGCACGGCCUGGGCAGCACCGACAACGUCAACAAGCUGCUGCUGCUGGACUACGCGGCCAACCGCCUGCUGGCCUGCGGCAGCGCCUCCCAGGGCAUCUGCCAGUUCCUGCGCCUGGACGACCUCUUCAAGCUGGGCGAGCCGCACCACCGCAAGGAGCACUACCUGUCCAGCGUGCGCGAGGCGGGCAGCAUGGCCGGCGUGCUGAUCGCCGGGCCGCCGGGCCAGGGCCAGGCCAAGCUCUUCGUGGGCACGCCCAUCGACGGCAAGUCCGAGUACUUCCCCACGCUGUCCAGCCGCCGCCUCAUGGCCAAUGAGGAGGACGCCGACAUGUUCGGCUUCGUGUACCAGGAUGAGUUCGUGUCGUCGCAGCUCAAGAUCCCCUCGGACACGCUGUCCAAGUUCCCGGCCUUCGACAUCUACUACGUGUACAGCUUCCGCAGCGAGCAGUUCGUCUACUACCUCACCCUGCAGCUGGACACGCAGCUCACGUCGCCCGACGCCGCCGGCGAGCACUUCUUCACCUCCAAGAUCGUGCGCCUGUGCGUGGACGACCCCAAGUUCUACUCGUACGUCGAGUUCCCCAUCGGCUGCGAGCAGGCGGGCGUCGAGUACCGGCUGGUGCAGGACGCCUACCUGAGCCGGCCCGGCCGCGCCCUGGCCCGCCAGCUGGGCCUGGCCGAGCACGAGGACGUGCUGUUCACCGUGUUCGCGCAGGGCCAGAAGAACCGCGUGAAGCCGCCCAAGGAGUCCGUGCUGUGCCUGUUCACGCUCAGGGCCAUCAAGGAGAGGAUCAAGGAGCGCAUCCAGUCCUGCUACCGCGGCGAGGGCAAGCUCUCGCUGCCCUGGCUGCUCAACAAGGAGCUGGGCUGCAUCAACUCGCCCCUGCAGAUCGACGACGAUUUCUGUGGGCAGGACUUCAACCAGCCUCUGGGGGGCACGGUCACCAUUGAGGGCAUGCCCCUGUUCGUGGACAAGGACGAUGGCCUGACCGCCGUGGCCGCCUACGACUACCGGGGCCGCACCGUGGUGUUCGCCGGCACGCGCAGCGGCCGCAUCCGCAAGAUCCUGGUAGACCUGGCAAACCCUGGCGGCCGGCCAGCCCUGGCCUACGAGAGCGUGGUGGCCCAGGAGAACAGCCCUAUCCUGCGUGACCUGGUCCUCAGCCCCGACCGCCAGUACCUCUAUGCCAUGACGGAGAAGCAGGUGACUCGGGUGCCCGUGGAGAGCUGCGUGCAGUAUACGUCGUGUGAGCUGUGCCUGGGGUCACGGGACCCUCACUGCGGCUGGUGUGUCCUGCACAGCGUCUGCUCGCGGCAGGACGCCUGCGAGCGGGCGGACGAGCCCCAGCGCUUCGCCUCCGACCUGCUGCAGUGUGUGCAGCUGACCGUGCAGCCUCGGAACGUCUCCGUCACCAUGUCUCAGGUCCCGCUUGUGCUGCAGGCCUGGAAUGUGCCCGACCUCUCGGCUGGCGUCAACUGCUCCUUCGAGGACUUCACCGAGUCCGAGAGCAUCCUGGAGGACGGCCACAUCCACUGCCGCUCGCCCUCCGCUCGGGAGGUGGCGCCCAUCACGCGGGGCCAGGGAGACCAGCGGGUGGUCAAGCUUUACCUGAAGUCCAAGGAGACGGGCAAGAAGUUUGCGUCUGUGGACUUUGUCUUCUACAACUGCAGCGUCCACCAGUCCUGCCUGUCCUGUGUCAACGGCUCCUUCCCCUGCCACUGGUGCAAAUACCGCCACGUGUGCACACACAACGCUGCCGACUGCGCCUUUCUGGAGGGCCGCGUCAACGUGUCUGAGGACUGUCCGCAGAUCCUGCCCUCCACGCAGAUCUACGUGCCGGUGGGCGUGGUGAAGCCCAUCACCCUGGCCGCCCGCAACCUGCCGCAGCCGCAGUCGGGCCAGCGCGGGUAUGAGUGCCUCUUCCACAUCCCGGGCGGCCCCGCCCGCGUCACCGCUCUGCGCUUCAACAGCUCCAGCCUGCAGUGCCAGAACUCCUCGUAUUCCUAUGAGGGCAAUGACGUCAGCGACCUGCCCGUGAACCUGUCGGUGGUGUGGAAUGGCAACUUCGUCAUCGACAACCCUCAGAACAUCCAGGCCCAUCUCUACAAGUGCCCGGCCCUCCGCGAGAGCUGUGGCCUCUGCCUCAAGGCCGACCCGCGCUUCGAGUGCGGCUGGUGCGUGGCUGAACGCCGGUGCUCCCUGCGCCCCCACUGCCCCGCCGAUUCGCCUGCAGCCUGGAUGCAUGCCCGCCAUGGCACCAGCCGCUGCGCGGACCCCAAGAUCCUCAAGCUGUUCCCCGAGACGGGCCCGCGGCAGGGAGGCACGCGGCUCACCAUCACGGGUGAGAACCUGGGCCUGCGCUUUGAGGACGUGCGGCUGGGCGUGCGCGUGGGCAAGGUGCUGUGCAGCCCCGUGGAGAGCGAGUACAUCAGCGCCGAGCAGAUCGUCUGCGAGAUCGGGGACGCCAGCACAGUGCGCUCCCAUGAUGCCCUGGUCGAGGUGUGCGUGCGAGACUGCUCCCCCCACUACCGGGCCCUGUCACCCAAGCGCUUCACCUUCGUGACUCCGACCUUCUACCGGGUGAGCCCUGCCCGAGGGCCUCUGUCCGGGGGCACCUGGAUUGGCAUCGAGGGCAGCCACCUGAACGCAGGCAGUGACGUGGCCGUGUCCAUUGGUGGCCGGCCCUGCUCCUUCUCCUGGAGGAAUUCCAGGGAGAUCCGGUGCCUGACGCCCCCUGGGCAGAGCCCCGGCAGCGCGCCGAUCGUCAUCAACAUCAACCGCGCGCAGCUCACCAACCCCGAGGUGAAGUACAACUACACGGAGGACCCCACCAUCCUGAAGAUCGACCCAGAGUGGAGCAUCAACAGUGGAGGGACCCUCCUAACCGUCACGGGCACCAACCUGGCCACCGUCCGCGAACCCCGUAUCCGGGCCAAGUACGGAGGCGUCGAAAGGGAGAAUAGCUGCCUCGUGUACAACGACACCACCAUGGUGUGCCGUGCCCCGUCCGUGGACAACCCGACGCGCACCCCGCCCGAGCUGGGGGAGCGGCCCGACGAGCUGGGCUUCGUCAUGGACGACGUGCGCGCCCUGCUGGUGCUCAACUCCUCCUCCUUCCUCUACUACCCGGACCCCGUGCUGGAGCCGCUCAGCCCCACCGGCCUCCUGGAACUGAAGCCCAGCUCCCCGCUCAUCCUCAAGGGCCGGAACCUCCUGCCGCCUGCGCCCGGCAACUCGCGGCUCAACUACACGGUGCUCAUUGGCUCCACGCCCUGCGCACUCACCGUGUCGGAGACCCAGCUACUGUGCGAGUCCCCCAACCUCACGGGGCAGCACAAGGUCACGGUCCGGGCUGGCGGCUUCGAGUUCUCGCCAGGGAUGCUGCAGGUGUACUCGGACAGCCUGCUGACCCUGCCCGCCAUCGUCGGCAUUGGCGGGGGCGGGGGCCUCCUGCUGCUGGUCAUCGUGGCCGUGCUCAUCGCCUACAAGCGCAAGUCUCGGGACGCUGACCGCACACUCAAGCGGCUGCAGCUGCAGAUGGACAACCUGGAGUCCCGCGUGGCUCUGGAGUGCAAGGAAGCCUUUGCGGAGCUGCAGACGGACAUCCACGAGCUGACCAACGACCUGGACGGGGCGGGCAUCCCGUUCCUCGACUACCGGACCUAUGCCAUGCGCGUGCUCUUCCCCGGGAUCGAGGACCAUCCUGUGCUCAAGGAGAUGGAGGUGCAGGCCAACGUGGAGAAGUCCCUGACGCUGUUCGGGCAGCUGCUCACCAAGAAGCACUUCCUGCUGACCUUCAUCCGCACGCUGGAGGCCCAGCGCAGCUUUUCCAUGCGGGACCGCGGCAACGUGGCUUCGCUCAUCAUGACGGCCCUGCAGGGCGAGAUGGAGUACGCCACGGGGGUGCUCAAGCAGCUGCUGUCCGACCUCAUCGAGAAGAACCUCGAGAGCAAGAACCACCCCAAGCUGCUGCUGCGCCGGACCGAAUCUGUGGCGGAGAAGAUGCUGACCAACUGGUUUACCUUCCUUUUGUACAAAUUCCUGAAGGAGUGUGCAGGGGAGCCCCUUUUCAUGCUCUACUGCGCCAUCAAGCAGCAGAUGGAGAAGGGCCCCAUCGACGCCAUCACCGGAGAGGCCCGCUACUCCCUGAGCGAAGACAAGCUCAUCCGGCAGCAGAUCGACUACAAGACGCUGACCCUGAACUGUGUGAACCCCGAGAACGAGAAUGCCCCCGAGGUGCCAGUGAAGGGACUGAACUGUGACACGGUGACACAGGUCAAGGAGAAGCUGCUGGACGCCGUGUACAAGGGCGUGCCCUACUCCCAGCGGCCAAAGGCUGGGGACAUGGACUUGGAGUGGCGCCAGGGCCGCAUGGCGCGCGUCAUCCUGCAGGACGAGGACGUCACCACCAAGAUCGACAACGACUGGAAGAGGCUGAACACGCUGGCGCACUACCAGGUGACGGACGGGUCCUCAGUGGCCCUGGUGCCCAAGCAGACGUCCGCCUACAACAUCUCCAACUCGUCCACCUUCACUAAGUCCCUCAGCAGAUACGAGAGCAUGCUGCGCACGGCCAGCAGCCCCGACAGCCUCCGCUCCCGCACGCCCAUGAUCACGCCCGACCUGGAGAGCGGCACCAAGCUGUGGCACCUGGUGAAGAACCACGACCACCUGGACCAGCGGGAGGGCGACCGGGGCAGCAAGAUGGUCUCGGAGAUCUACCUGACGCGGCUGCUGGCCACCAAAGGCACGCUGCAGAAGUUUGUGGACGACCUGUUUGAGACCAUCUUCAGCACGGCGCACCGGGGCUCGGCCCUGCCGCUGGCCAUCAAGUACAUGUUCGACUUUCUGGACGAGCAGGCCGACCAGCACCAGAUUCACGACUCCGACGUGCGCCACACCUGGAAGAGCAACUGCCUGCCCCUGCGCUUCUGGGUGAAUGUGAUCAAGAACCCGCAGUUUGUGUUCGACAUCCACAAGAGCAGCAUCACGGACGCCUGCCUGUCGGUGGUGGCGCAGACCUUCAUGGACUCCUGCUCCACGUCUGAGCACAAGCUGGGCAAGGACUCGCCCUCCAACAAGCUGCUCUAUGCCAAGGACAUCCCCAACUACAAGAGCUGGGUGGAGAGGUACUACGCUGACAUCGCCAAGAUGCCCGCCAUCAGCGACCAGGACAUGAGCGCCUACCUGGCGGAGCAGUCGCGGCUGCACCUGAGCCAGUUCAACAGCAUGAGCGCCUUGCACGAGAUCUACUCCUACAUCACCAAGUACAAGGACGAGAUCCUGACGGCGCUGGAGAAGGACGAACAGGCGCGGCGGCAGCGGCUCCGGAGCAAGCUGGAGCAGGUGGUGGACACGAUGGCCCUGAGCAGCUGAGACACCAGGCUGUCACCACCCAGCGGGAGUUGGGCGAGAGGGCCCUCGGGGGCGGCCUCUGUCCGGCAGCCAGAGCUGGGAGCAGAGGCAGCUCUGAGGCGGCUUCGCCCCCGGUGCAGGGGCCCGAGCCUCCAGCAGAGGCCGGCGAGUCAGCGUCCUGCGGGCCGCCCCCGCCCCUUCCCGCCUGGCGGGGGUCCCCGUCCCGCUCGCUGGGGGUGACCGGGCCUUAGCCCUCCUGUGCCCCGGAGCUGCCCACCACAGGGCUGGGGGAGCCCGGGCGUGACCCCUGGCCUUGGGGAGAGUCGGGUGACUGCCAAGGACCUGGGGGUAAGGCUGGUGCCCCCAGGAAGGGGUAGCCGGCCUGGUCUGUGUCCUCAAGGCUGUGCUGCCAAGGUCAGAGAGCCAGGACGAGGGGCCAGGCGGGCGUCCGCCGUUCCCGGCCGCCUGCGCAGAGCCAGCCCUGGGGGAGGCCGAGCCGCCGGGGCCCCCUAAGGAGAGCUCAGGUCGGGCCGCCCGUCGCCGCCCGCCCACCGCGUCCACGUCUGGUCCUCCACGCUCGCUGCUGCACCACCGCCACCAUCGUCCGAUUCACCGCGUGCUGUCCGCGGCCGCGGCCGAGGCCGGAGCGCCACGUCCCCCUGGCCCACGGAGGCCCAGGGAGGCCCCGGCUCCCUCCUAUGGAGGGGCUGCAGAAUGGCUCGCUCGAAGCCCCCAGGUGGCCUCACAAGGACUCGGUGACUCCUCUCCUGUGUCCUCAGGGCUGUGCCUCUGGGAGCCUCUGGGGCCUGGGGCUCCGGGCCGUGAGCGCACGUUCCCAUUAUUUAUUCCCCCACCGCGCCGCUCCCGCACCCACCCCGGGCGGGCUGUGCUCUCCGGCUGUGCAGGUCUUGGGAGCAGCCCCCUGACCACCCCCUCCCCCACCGUGUCCCCCGCUCUCCACGUCCACCUUCAGCGGCUUCCGGCCUGGCAUCCCUGCAGCGCCGGCCCCUCGCAAGCGGUGGGACACCUGGCUGUUUGUAGGGGGGACGAAGACGCAAGCCGUGCUGCAGCCGCGUGGGCAGCCAGGGCUGUGGGGGCCCCGGGGGGAGGGUGCAGCGACCGCAGGGCCUGGGGCCGGCUCUGCCCACCCUGCCCUCGGUGAGCAAGAAAGAACACGUUUUUAAUUAAAAAAAAAAAAAAAACCACC